GUUGCAAAUGAAGACUGUAGUAUCAGUUAUAUGAGUGCAUCCCUUAUUUUUGAAAUUUAUAUGAAGGAGCAGACUGAUGGAAGCAAGAGUGCUCUAGCCAGCAAAGGGAAUGGUGACCUUAUGACAGAUGAAAAUUUACUACUGAUUAAAAAAAUGCUAUUGAAUGACAAAAAUAGCAAAAAAGACAUCAUUAAUUUUUUGAAGGGUUUUACCAGCCAGGAUAAUUCUGUUUCCCCUCGUAAUGUUGCACUUGUCUAUAACUCUGGAUUGUUUCAUAUUGUUCUUGAAUAUGCUUUGAAGCACAUUGUUUAUUCCAGAAUUGAUGAAGAAGUUGUAGAUUUACUUUGCUGUUGUUUUAAACUGUUACGAGGAAUUGCUGCAUCAAAUAAAGAGAUCCGAAAUGAAAUGUUCCUUUAUUUUUCUAAUUUUCUUCAAUUUAAACAAGUCACAAAUGAUAUGAUAUGCCUGAUUAAUGAGAUUUUUUAUGGCAAUACUUAUGUUUGCAAUAAACUGACAAAAUAUGAUCUUGGGAAGGUAUUAUAUGCUGCCAUUAUUGGCCCAUUUGACCAUUAUCAGUGGACUAUUGUGCUUCAAACUAUAAUUGAAAACUCAGAUCAAGUAGAAGCACAGGAACAUAUUGCACAGCUGAUUUCAAAGCAUUCUAAUGACUAUUUACAACAUGUUCUGUGCCCGAGAGAGCAAAGCAAGGCUACUUAUUGGCUAAAAAUUCUUCAAUGUGACAAAACUGAUAGGCAAAAGAAUGAAUGUCACCUUCUUCUCAAUAUAACUGAUCUCUUGGCAUCAUGUGCAAGUGGAGAAUGUCAAUAUGCCAGAUUAGUUGCUAUGAAGUUAUUUACUUUUAAUGAGCUCAUAAAAAUUUUGUCAAAUCCAAGUAUACUAAGUCAUAGAAAAAUACCAUAUCUUUGUAUUUUGACUUGGACUUACUUGAAUAAGAAAAUAUUUACUUCAUCGUCAGCACAAUAUAAGAGCCUUUGGUCACAUAUAGUAUCUACAAUAAAAAAUUUUGACAAAGGAAGGGAAGUGACUUCCCAGGAUGCCGACAGAUCAAAUUGCAUUAUGUAUCUGCAAAAUAUAAACAAAAGAAUGACAAAAGUCAUGGGGUUAUUUUAUAUCACUUAUGGUGUAAUACCUUUUCUGUCACAAUUUGUUUUAUCAGAACAUUUUGAAGUUGAGCUUUAUGGUAUUAAAAACACUUUAUUAAAAUUUAGGGAUAAAUGGAAGUGUGUAUCAAAGCAACUGUCAAAGUUCAAAUGCAUAGAAAAGAUUGACUUAUUAUUAAAAAAGAGGAACCCAAAUCUAAUGAUUAAUCCACCAUGUCCAUCUCCUGCUGAUGAAGCACAAAAUGGGGAACCUUUGCAGCUAAUUGAGCCAAAUUAUGAAGAGUUAAUGAAACAUUCAAUAUUUACUUUACAUAAUAUUGUUUCCCUGUUAAAGAGUUUAAUCAACCAGCAAAAAAUAGACCCCCUUCCUUGUUUAAAAAGACUUGAUUUAGAGCAAACAAUAUUGAGAACAUUAAAAACACUGAUUGAACAAAUGAAGCAAAGUACAAAAGAAAAGCAACAUUUUGAUACUUCACAAACUAAGAUCAUAUUAUUCUUUGGUACAGAUGAUGUUACUACUAGUACUGGUAACUACAAAGCAAAUCUAUUUGAUCUCCUAGCAGAAGAUCAAAAUAUUGAAAUUGUUAUUGCAGUGAUGAAAGUGCUGCAAUGUCUAAAUUCUGAUCAAAAUUCUGUAAUUAAAGAUGAAAAAGAAGCAAAAAAUAUUCAGACAAAGAUUGUUGAUUGUUGUAAAGAACAUGAUUAUACUCUAAUAGAGAAAAUACAUCAACUGUUAGGAGAAGCACAUUUUGUCAUUAAUAAAGCAAAGAGAAACAGGCAAAACAGCACAACUGAUCCAUUACAAGACAUUGUGGAUAUUAUUACUGCUGCAUUAGAUGUUAUUUGUUUGCUGUGUGAUAGACAGCAGAAGGAAAUGCAAGAUGCAAUGAGAAAUAAGGGUUUUAUUGUUAGUCAAGUUUCUUUCAUAUUUUACUAUAUUUCUAAACACUGCAAUAAUACUGAAGUUUAUUGGGAUGAUAUGGCACAAAAAACUGUUUGGGCAUUGAUAAAAAUGUGUACUGGAAAUUAUGAUAAUCAAGAUAUAGCUUUUAAAGGUGAAGUUGUUGUAUCUAUCAAUGGCAUAUUGAAAAUGAAACUAGCAAAAACAAGUUUGAAGUCCUCAUGUCUUAAGUUGCUAGAAGUAAUGCUGGAGGAAAUAGAUGAAAAUUCAUGGGAUUUAGCCAAUCGUAUAACUAGUCAAUUGGAUAUAACUGGGUUGCAUAAAGAAAUGCUAAAUUUGUGGAAGUUAAGUUUUGGUCCAUGCAAAUCAAUACAAAGCAAAUCAGAGGACACUUUAUUGCUUAGAUCAUAUCACAUUUUGAUGCAAAUUGCAGAUUAUAAAGAAACAACUAUUAAUGAAUUAGUUGACAUUGUUAAAGAAAUGUGGGAUUACUGUCAGCUUAGGACUAAAAGUGUUGAAAUUGUUUAUAAAUUAAGUGAAGAAAAAGAGACAAUAUCUCGGAUAUAUUUUCCUGCAAAUUUCCAUAUUAAAGGAAAGAAUGGUAUUCAGUCCAAAAUCAAAAGAAGCACUUCUGAAGAAAAGCUAUUUGAUCUUAUUGAAUGGGCAAAUGCUGUGAAAAGAACUCACAAACAGAAACAUAAUCUGAUAAAUAACAAGGAUUUAUGCAGUCUUACAUUGUUGCAUUCAAGCAAAUGGCUAUUAAUAAUCUUAACAAUUUUAUUAAAUUUGUUUGUUCUCUUUACAGUAAAUACUCCACCAGAUUACAAUAUGCCUAAUGGAGUCUGUACAGUCAAUGAAACAUACAAUGAAACAUGUAACAACAGUACCAGUAGCAGUCCAAUGUACUUCCAGCCCAUCUGGUAUCCUGAUAUACCAAUGUGGUCUACAGCAACCUUGACCAUUCUUGGCUUUAUACAUUUCAUACUGGCAGUAAUUAUGUUGAUGCAAUACUUUUAUAAGAAUUGCAAAAAUUUGAGAGAGUUUUUUAGUACAAAACUAUUGAAUUGCAAAAAUUUGAGAGAGUUUUCUAGUACAAUGAUUAAAUACUUUUAUAAGAGUUGCAAAAAUUUGAGAGAGUUUAUUAGUACAAAACUAUUAUAUAGUUUCUUGAAGAUAAUCUUAGGCAAAUACUUAAGUCAUCAAAUCUACUUACGCUUUUCCAAAUAUAUAAAAAAGCCUGUAGUUAAUGACAAGCACACUCUUGCUAAUGAAUAUUAUCAAAGAUCUUGGAUUAGUUUUCAGACAAUGUAUCGUAUCUUCUUCACAAUCUGUUCAUCAGUGGCAUGGAUUCCUGUUCCAGGGCUAAGAUACCUUUACUGUUUGUGCAUGCUCUAUCCAUUUUUACAGUUAGAGGUCAUGUCUUUUAUUUCAAGGGCUGUUAAAAAAAGCAUCAAACAGUUGGCCUCAGUCUUCUUGCUGUGCUUUAUUUUUAUUUAUAUUUAUGCUGUCAUCAGUUUUGCUUUCUUGAAUAAUUACUUCUCAGAAGAGAGAGAUCAGUUCUGUGGUAGUUUGUGGCAAUGUUUCAUUACUGUAUUGCAUUUGGGACUACUGAGCACCUUAGGAGCUGAACUUGAUAUUCGUCCUAGUGACUACCCCCCUGACUUUAAACUAUAUGUUUUUCGUACAUCCUAUGAUCUUAUAUUUUUUAUCAUUGUCACAACACUUGGCCUUAGCAUCAUCACUGCUACACUUGUGGAUAGAUUUUCUGAAAUGAGACAAAAACAGGAUGAAGUUGAAAAAGAUAAUGAAAGUAGGUGUUUCAUCUGCAAUAUCGAAAGAGGCAGAUUUAACAAAGAUUUUAAGAGACAUGUAAAAGAAGAGCAUAACAUGUGGGAGUACAUGUAUUUCAUUAUACAUGUAAAUUCUCUUCUUGAAAAAGAUCGUAGUGCCAUGGAGAAGUAUGUUUUUGAACAGGUCAAAGCCAAUUCUAUUGAUUUUUUCCCACUGUAUAGAGCCAAAUCUUUACCAGAUUAUGAGCAUCAUGAGAGUACAACUGAGAAACAGUCUACCCAGCCUCAACAAGCACCAGAAGAACACAGGAGGCAGAGUUCAGUUGAAGUAGGUAGUGUCUAUCAAACAGGAUAUAGGAGGAGGAAAAGACAAGUACAUCCCAUAUGAGCUGGGCAUUCAACCAGUUUUCAGUACUGUACAUGUAAUUAUUAGUUGACUUUGUUAUAGCUAAGUAGAUCUAGUUUGAAGUAGAUUAGUGGAACUAGACUUUUAUGCUGCAUAAUUGUAGUUUGCUGAGUAUAAUAAUUAUAAAGGUGCAGUCCUGUUAUUAACCA